AUGUGGCAUGCGGGAAUUCUUGGGAGCCUUGUUGUGGUCCUCAUCUCACUGAAAGGAUGUGGGGAUGUCUCCUACGAGAGUGAAGCCGAUGCUUUGAGCAAGAUUUGUGGUGGCUCCUCAUGUCCAGACUCCUGCAGGUGCUGUGUGCAGUCCAACUGGGCAGAUGCCGAGGCGUGUGUCAGUGGAAUGGCUCAAGGUACUCGACCCGAUGCUUGCCGUUCCUGCAUCAGUUCCGCCACCGAGGGUUGGGAACCCGAGGAUUGCAAAACGGAGCGAAACAUGGGCUACUGUGGCUAUCAGUACUGGGACAACUCGAGAGCUGAAUGUGAAAAGUACAAUGAGACAUGUGGCUCUGGUUUUCUGAGCGAGGACUAG